AUGUCGGGAAAAUAUAAACUCAUUUUUCACAACAUACGUAAUAGAGAUGUUUUAAAAAAAGCAAAAAAUGAAUAUACUGUUGAAAAGGUAAUUAGAACGUUUUAUUACAGUACAAAAUUUAUUUCAAAUAGUUUAAAAGAAGGGGGAACAACAAUUAGUGAAGGCAGCAGUGGCAAAGCUUUCUGUUCAGUAACAAAUAAGAAUGGAAAAAAUAAUUAUAAAGACAUUAAGGUUAUAGAAAGUGAAAGGGAAGGGGAAGAAGCUGCUGAAGAAAUAAAUCAAAAUGAAAUAAUUUCUGUGGACUUUGAAGGAACAAAUUUAGGUAAAUAUGGAAAAGUGUGCAUAAUGCAAAUAUAUUUGGAAAAAAGAAAUAUUGGAGAAUUGCCCCAACAAAAUUUGGAGAAAUAUUACAUAUUUGAUUUGCUAAAAGUAUCAGUUAUAAAUAGUGUAAAAAAAAUAAUUGAAAAUAAAAAAACAUUAAAAUUGGUACAUGACUGUAGAGAAGAUAGCUCAGCCCUGUACAAUCAGCUAGGUAUCAAAUUUAAAAAUGUAUAUGAUACAUCAAGAGCUCAUAUGCUUUUAAUGGAAAAAAAGAAAGAGAAAGAUAUAUAUCAAAUAAGUUUUUCUCAACUGAUACAUGAUUAUUUGGGUAUUAAAGAUGAAUGUUUAAGUACCAUAAAAAAAGAAAUGUAUAAAAAUGAAAAAAUUUGGGAAAUAAGACCAUUACAUAAAAUGUCUAUUGUUUAUGCUUUAAAAAAUGUUAAAUAUUUAUUACCUUUGUACGAAAAAUUUAAUAAAAUGCUACCUAAGGAAGAGGUUUUGGAAAAAUCAAAAGAUUUUAUAAAUUAUUGUUUUCUUAAUUCUCGUUAUAAAUUACCAACAGAUUUGGCAAAAAGAGGAAAUAUAGUAGAAGCUAUGUUAGUAAGUAAAUCGAUAAUAAAUUGUGUGUUUAAAUUAAAUAGUACAAGAAAAGGAAUUGCUUGUACUCCCUCAUCUAUUGCACAAUUUCGUAAUGUGAAUGUAGGUGAUAUUGUUUUAUGUGUAGUUAGUAACAAAUCAAUUGAUCAAAAAAUUUUAUACUUAUGUAAACAUGAUGAUGUUUACGAUUAUUGGAAUUUAAAGGAAAGGCCUAGGGGGAAAUUUAAACCAUCCAUACAUGAAAUUGAAACCGACCCGAUGAUUAAAUUUUGUGACGAGGAAAAUAUAACUUAA